AUGAUCGAGUCGCAGAACACGCUGUCCCACUACGAGAUUUCGGAGCGCGCCACCAUCAAGUUCGUCGGCCGUGUAGUCGACGCGGACGUGCCAUUCGAAGAGCGACAGCAAGUCGAGCUUUUACUACGCGAAUUCAACUGCUUUCCAGUGUUUCUUGAGCCCCAAGAAGCCAAAUUGUACUACGAAGAUUACUGCAAACAAACACUCUGGCCAACAUUCCACAACGUCGUGGACGUUUACAGUCCCGUGGACGUAGUCCUCGAUGUCCAAGCGCAGCAACAUUUAGCACCCAGCGCUCAGUUCUGGAAUCCUAAUUGGCAGAAAGUGGCGUGGCAAGCUUAUGCCAAUGUGAACCAGUUGUUCGCACACAAAAUAUGUGAAUUGUACGAACAGGGAGACGUCGUGUGGGUGCAGGAUUAUCACUUGCUAUUAACACCGAGUUAUAUCGUACGGAAACUCAGAGCUGCCAACGUAGGACUGUUCCUACACGUCCCGUUUCCGUCUUCCGAGGUGUUUAGAACCGUUUCUAUGAGGAAGGAACUGCUACGAGGCAUGCUUAAUGCCGACCAUAUCGGUUUCCACCUGUUCGAGUAUGCUCGACACUUCAUGUCGGCCUGUCGACGUAUCUUGAGACUGAGUUACGAGCCGAUAUUGAGGGGACAGCUGGGGAUUGACUAUGGCGGACGACGCGUUGCUGUCACCUGUAGCCACAUGGCUAUCGACGUUCAGAGGAUCGAGGAGACUUUAGUCAGUAAAGAUGUGCGUGAUAUGGUGGUGGCUUUACGUCAGAAAUACCGGGACAAGAAGAUCUUUGCUGGCUGUGAUAGCAUCGAGCGACUGAAAGGCAUUCCGUCCAAGAUGUUGGCAUUUGACGGCUUCCUCUCGAGAUGUCCGGACUUUAUCGGGAAGGCUGUGUUGGUGCAGAAAGGAAUCCACAGACGUGGUCGCGUGACGGAUUAUUUGCAGAGCAAGAAGGAGAUUGAGCUGGCGGUUAAAGCGAUUAACAGCAAGUAUCGCGAUGUGGCUAAGGGGAAUGUAGUCGACUAUGAAGAAGUGGAGGAAUUUCCAUUUAAAGAGCGCGUGGCGCUGUGGCGUGUGGCCGAUGUGCAGAUCACUACAGUACUGCGAGACGGACUCAACACGACGCCGUUUGAGUAUAUUGCCACACACAAAACGUCACCGGGUGUACUCAUUUUGAGCGAGUUUUCCGGAAGUAGCCGUCUACUUAGUGGAGCUCUGACGGUGAACCCUUGGGAGCUGGAUCAAGUGAUCGACGCGCUUCGAGAUGCCGUAUAUAUGCCCACAAACGAACGCGAGCAUCGACGCAAUUGCGACUUCCAGUUCGUGGCAGCAAACCCUCCGCGACGUUGGGCCAAGUGCGUAUUGACGGACAUUGUGAACGCACGGAAGAAAGAAGAGUCGUUCGUGUACAUGGGCACAGGAUUUGGUCUCGAUUUCCGCUUGAUGGAAGUCAGCGCGCAGUUCCGAAAAUUAACGGGACAGGAGCUUACUCCAGCGUAUCGCACGAGUACGAACCGUGCGAUCUUCCUGGACUACUAUCGAACUCUAGCUCCAGACGUAUCGACGCUGAUGGGCGUGCGAUGGCCUGACGUGCCUCUGAGCGCGCUGUCCACACUUGAACAUUUGUGUAAAGACCCUCGUAACACCGUGUUCAUCGUCAGUGGCUGUAACUGCGACCUCCUUACGCAGAAGUUCGGUGGAGUUCCAGGUUUGGGUCUCGUGGCUGAGCACGGAUACUUCAUCCGACGUGCGGUACUUGGCAAUAAUGCUCGUAUCGGACGGCCCUGGGAAAGACACGGGGACAUUCUGCAGUCAGACGGUGGACACCAGCAAUGGCGCGUCAAGGCCGAGAAGAUCGUCCAGCUAUAUGUUGAUCGCACGAACGGCUCGACGCUGGAGCUUCGGAGAAGUGCCGUGCUGUUCCGAUACGGCAAGUCCGACUUUGAUUUUGGUGCAUUGCAGGCAGCAGAGCUGAAGGAACACCUUGAGGGCGUCUUUGAGGGCUGGCCGCUGAAUAUUAUCCAAGGCAAAGACUACAUCGAGGUGCGACCGGAAGGAGUUGGCAAGGGCAAACUGAUCGGCCACUUGCUGAACAAGAUGCGCGUCGAUGGGAACCCGACAGAUUUCGUGCUGUGUAUCGGAGAUGAUGUGGCCGACGAGCUCAUGUUCGAGCAGCUCAAGACGAUGACAGCACACGAAGAACUGCCACAAGACAAAGUGUUUACAUGUACGGUGGGUCAGAAACCCUCCAAGGCUGAGUUCUUUGUCGACGACUACACCGACGUAAUCGCCCUGUUGAAGUCGCUUAAAGUGGUCGCAACUAAGUCCAACCGAAACUAUUCGCUGUCGGAUAUGCAGUCGUUUGUGCGAGACACGAGGCCGUUCCUGUCGUCGUCGUCUCACGGCACUAGUGGAGUUUCAAGAAGUGCAACAUCAGAUGCGGUGAUACGAAAGUCAUCCAGCCGCCACGCACUCUACAAUCACCUGACGCCUGUGAUCGAGGAUCAAAUCAACACGUGGCUGAAUCGCCUGCAACAGCUUGGUGUCGUGGCUGUAUUGGUUGGCAUUCUUCGCUGGCGUAGCGGGGUAAAGAACCCUCGCGAAAAGAAGCUGCUGAUGUAUCUCGUAGCGUCACUGGGGAUCGCCUGGUCCAUCCAGCGCCUGCGAUCAAGGCCACACAAGUAA